CGGCCGUUUGCUGGCGCCGGAAAUACCGUUAAAAAGAUCAGAUCAGAUGCGGUAUCUGACGGGAGAUGAAUGCCGUGACAAUAACAUCAUCUUUCUGGCCACAAUCAGAAUCAGGAAUUCGAGAGGGAGCGGGAAAAAACACCAGAAUCUAGCAUUCGGAAAUAAAAAUCUGCGCGAGACCGACGUUCCAAUCAUCAGUCGGUCCGACCGAUUCGGCGACUCUCGGUGUCAUAUCAUGUGAAUGGGGCUCUGCUGAGCGGACGAGGCGAGCACCGGAAAUAUGAGGAAGAGCUGACUAGCAGUGUCGGGGCGAGAAGGGGAGAUUGCAAUUCAUCGAUAAACGUGUAGUAAAUUAGAUGCCAACGAUACAAUACGGUCUGCCUCUCUCGAGACUGUCCUUCACCUCAAUAAUCUUCACCUUGAAGGCCCUGCGUAUUCCCGUCGACGCAGGCCCUGCCGAAGAUCUUCGCGCCAAGAGAUGCGACCAGAAGACGAAUGGAAGCAAAAACUGGAUCCUUGGAACAACAAUAUGGAUCAGAGUGGUUCCAUUAUUCAUCUCAUAGGGUCCAAAGUGCGUCAUCAAUGCCGAAGGCGCCGGUAGUAGAAAGGCCCAGGGAGAAAAAAAAUGUCAAUGUCACCCCACGUACGUAUCGAUCCACCGUUUUCUGAACGGAGAUGAAUCUGGAUUAAGGGCGACUAGGGGGCCUCCGCUAGACCAAUCAGCCCACAGGGCGUGCUCUUGUACCCUCCUGGGCGUAGCGUUUGUGGACGAAAGCGGGUGAGAUGCCCAGCACAGGAAUGCUUACCUCACACAGUUCGACUCUCUUUCCCAUGACGUGACUCUACGGGCCUUCUAUUCACAGUUGCUCCGCUUCUCUCCAAGUCUCGUCCACAAACCUUAGCUUAGUUUCCCUGCUCACCCACGUCAGUCUCCGCAGGUCGUUUGCCUGAGCCCCCCGGGGUUUGAGUUUUCGCUCGAAGCAUGACCAUCAGAGGUCAUGAGAUGGACCCAUUGGCAUGGUCUUGGUCUCUCGGUGCCCGCGAUGGUCCUCGACGAUCAUCUCCACAAUAAAGACAGUCAAAAUGGCACCUCUUCGCUGCUUCAUUCUCUCUUCUGGCUCAUCACAGCAUUCGUGUACAACAUUUUCACAACAUCAAUCACACACUUACAACAUUCAAUUGACCAAUUGGUCUAACAACCACUCUCAAUAUGAAGUUCUUUGGUAGUAAACGCCAUGAACAUGCUGGCGAAGGUCAGCAUCUCGAGAGGAAGCCUUCUCCCGAUACCGAUGGUCGCAUCACCUUCCGGGCCUGCUUCAUGGGCCUGGUCGCAUCUAUGGGAGGCAUGAUCUUUGGCUACUCUUCAGGUCAAGUUUCUGGUUAUUUUAUGAUGAAGGAUUACGGCGAGCGAUUCGGUGUUCCCAACGGCGACGGUACAUACAACUUUAGCGCCGCACGACAAGGAACUAUCACCGGUCUCCUCUCAAUUGGCUGCUUGUUCGGAUCUCUCGUUGCUGGUAACCUUUGCGAUUCAAUUGGUCGCCGCAAGACCAUCUCCAUCUCUGCUCUCUGGACCUGCGUCGGCACCGUCAUCGAGGUCGCCUCUCAACAUGCCUGGUACCAACACGCGAUCGGUCGACUUGUAACAGGUCUUGGUGUCGGCGCUCUAUCUGUCGCUGUCCCAAUGUACCAGUCUGAGAGUGCUCCCGCCAUCAUUCGAGGUCUCAUCGUCUCCUGCUAUCAGCUCUUUGUCACUCUCGGUAUCUGGUGUGCUGAGAUGGUUAACUGGGGUACCAACCACUACGAUGGUAGCGCUUCAUGGAGAAUCCCCAACGGUCUCAACUUCCUCUGGGCUCUUCUUCUCGGUGUUGGCAUCCUUCUCCUUCCCGAGUCUCCUCGAUUCGCCUACCGAAAGGGUAAGGUUGAGGAAGCCCGAAAGACCAUUGCCAACCUCGCUGGUCUCGAUAUCAACUCCCCCAGUGUCAACCGACAGAUCGACGACAUCCGUGAGAAGCUUGAGGAGGAGCAGGCUCUUCCCGAGACCCGCCUUGUUGAGAUCUUCACUGGUCCCCGCAUGGCUUACCGUACCAUUCUCGGCAUCACUCUCCAGGCUGGCCAGCAGCUCACUGGUAUCAACUUCUUCUUCUACUUCGGAACCACAGUCUUCGCUUCCACUGGCCUCAAGGACAGCUACGUCACUCAGCUCAUUCUUGGCUCAGUCAACUGUGCUUGCACAUUCGGCGGUCUCUAUGUCGUCCAGAAGUGUGGUCGCAGAAAGUCUCUGAUGAUCGGUGCCGCCUGGAUGAUGAUGUGUUUCUUCGUCUACGCCUUCGUUGGACACUUCGCUCUUGACCGAAAGGACCCUCUAUCCACUCCCGCUGCCGGUGCCGUCCUUGUCACCUUCUCUUGCUUGGCUAUCGCUGCCUUUGCUACCACCUGGGGUCCUCUCGUCUGGGCCGUCGUCGCCGAGAUGUAUCCUUCCCAGUACCGCAGUCGAUGCAUGGCCAUCGCCACUGCUACCAACUGGCUCUUCAACUUCCUCAUCGGUUUCUUUACUCGAUUCAUCACUGAUGCCAUUGACUACUUCUACGGUCUCGUCUACGCCGGAUGUUGUGCUGCCCUCGUCGCCAUCGUCUUCUUCUUCGUCAUCGAGUCCAAGGACCGAACUCUCGAGGAGAUCGACACCAUGUACGUCCAGCACGUCAACCCUAUCACUUCUUCCAAGUGGGUUGGCGAGCCCCAUGGCACCAAGCACGCCCGCGAGGGUGUCACCGACGAAGAGGCUUCUUCGUAAACAACCAUCAGCAAACAUGUCAUCACAACACGCACGACUCACAACUCACAUCAUUCACGUACAGACAUCACUAUAGAAGUUACGGAUAUGGACACACUAUAGACAUGCAGCCGGACUGCCCGGCGAGUAACGAUUGGAACGGACGUUGCAUUUUAAAAUUGUUUUCGCGCAGGGGUGCGAGCAAGUACAUAACCCAAAAGAGCAUAUUAUAUCCUUGUAUUUAGUAGCAUAUUCUGCAUAAUAUCAUUUUCGCUACGUUCUCAAAUAUUGAUCAGAUAAGAUAACCUUUGUGACAUAUCAUUCUCCACUGCUUCACAUGCUCAGGUCUUGAUGAGCGAAGUCCCAUUACAGCUACACCAUGGACGCCCGUCAGCUCAGAUCUUGACAUUCUUGUUCGUCGCAUCACGUUUGAUACAACAUUCAGGAUGCAGCCGCAGUGAAUUUCCCAUAAAUAUGCAUUUUGUGGCUGGCUGGGUUGAUCGAUCCAACCAAACAGAUGGAGAAAACGAACGAAGC